CACGUAUUAAGAUAUAAAAAUUCUUGGUACAAGUUAUCACCAAGAUAUAUUUUAAAUGGAUGAAGUGUAAACCAUUAGAGAUGAAAGAGAAAAGAUAACAUUACUACUACCAUUUAUUAAUAACCUACUUAAGCUGUUAAUCCAAGAAUACCUUAUUUUCUCCCUAGAUAACAGUCACUCCAUCUCACGCCAUUGAGUUUAGUGAUAUCGAUGCGCCUAUUCAAUGACUCGUAAUUGACACCUUACAUAGUGAUAGACUUUGUUUAUUCUCAUGAUUUGAGGCAUUAAAGUCUAUGAUGAAAGGUCAAGGUCAAACCACAUUAAACAGUAUCCUUAAAUAUUUUAAGUCAACAAAUGAAAUAAACCUCUGGAUUUCAACCACAGUUUUGGUUGGUUAUUCAAACCUUUAGAAUUUUAGACCAAUCAAAAAAGAAUGUCGAUAAUUACAAUGAUUUAUUAAGUUAACCGUUUUCAAUGAUUCCUCUAGCUCAUACGUAAACAUUAUUGUUGGUAUCAGUGGAGUUAAUCAAAAAUGACUUUCAAUUGGACAUCGAUUGUUUUGACCUUCAUUUGUUUAAUAUGUAAAUGUUUGUCAAAUGUAAACUAUCCAAGUUGCAGUGAAUCCCAAUAUUUAAUGCAAAAGAAAUCAUAUAUAGAUUUGCUUGCAAGUGAUAAUGAAUGUCAUGUUAUUUUAGUUGAAAGUAUACCGGAGAAUGUUACAUUUUCAAUGGGUUCUCCAAAACACCUAUCAACCUAUAUGGCAUGGGGACUUUUAAUUGAUUCUGCUAAGAAAAAUAUUUCAAUUGCAUCAUUUUAUUGGAGUUUAUCCGUAGAUAAAGAACUCAAUUUUACUGCUACUGAACAGGGGUCAAAUAUACUAAAAAAGUUAGUUGGUCGAAAAAAAGACGUUGACCUGAAAAUAGUCCAAAAUGGAAAAGAAACAAAUUCUACAGAUUUGAUGAACUUAACAGAAUCUGGCGCUCAAAUUAGAUGGCUUGAUUUUCAUCGACUUGUUGGACAAGGAAUUUUGCAUACAAAGUUAUGGUCAGUUGAUACCAAAAAUGGUUAUUUGGGUAGCGCAAAUAUGGAUUGGAGAUCAUUAACACAAGUUAAAGAGUUAGGCGUUCUUAUAUAUAACUGUCCCAAAAUAAUGGACGACUUGGAAAAAAUAUGGACAGUUUAUUGGUCACUUGGCAAUUCAAAUGGUUUCGUUCCUAAAAAUUGGCCUGAAGAAUUGCAAACUAAGUAUAAUAGAAGUAAUCCACUUAUUACGAAUAUUAAUGGUAUCCAAUCGCGUGUAUACUUUUCAAGUUCUCCUUCUUUGUUCAACCCACCUGGACGAAAUGAUGAUAUAGAUGCUCUACUUUCCGUUAUAAAUUCUGCGGAAAAAUUUAUUUAUAUAGCUGUUAUGAAUUUCAUGCCUCAAGUCAUAAGUUAUAAUAAAAAUAUACCUUCACGAUUUUGGCCAGUUAUUGAUAACGCGUUGCGUAAAGCUGCAAUUGAUCGUUCUGUUGAAGUACGCUUACUAAUCAGCAAAUGGAAUCAUACUUCGUCAUCUACUGAGAAUUUUUUGAAUUCCCUACGAGCAAUUUAUGGAGUUCAAUCAGCUCAAGUUCGUGUUCGUUACUUUAUUGUACCUUCAUAUACUGAUGCACAAAAAAGAAUACCAUAUGCUCGGGUGAAUCAUAAUAAAUACAUGGUAACCGAUAAAACAGCUUACAUAGGUACUUCUAAUUGGUCCGGUGAUUACUUCCUUUAUACUGGUGGUGUCGCUUUCGUCUAUGAAGAAGGGAACCAAACUUCAAAUAACUUAAAUCAAGAAAAUACAGAUCAUAGUGAAUUUUGUUUACCGAAACCAAUAUCUCUCAGAAAACAAUUGGAAGAUGUUUUCCGUCGAGAUUGGAACUCAGAGUUUACCGAUGAACUUUAAAUAAUUUUCUCAUAUAAUUCACUCUUAUCAAUGUAAUAAAUUAUUAUUAUUUAUAAACACUAAACUGAUAAAUGUAAAGUCAAUGUUUUUUUUUAGGAUAAAAUAAUCAUUUAAAAGUUUAUCGUCUAAUUCCUAUUUAUUUAGCAGUAAAUACACAUGAUCAUUGUUUUUUUUUGAUAUCAUUGAAGAUUUGUAAAUAGCUUAAAAAUGCAUUCAUCUGAUCUAUAGUUUAUUUUAAGCAAACCACUAACAUUCUCACAAUAAUAAUAUUUCUUAUCAUAUCCAAACAUGUUCGUUCGUAGUUGGAUCCUAACAAUUAUUUGCAAUUUAAAUGAGACAAACUUACUCGUCUAGCUUCAUAAGGUCUACUUCACUGUGGAUAUUUUUUAAAAUUUAAAUUCAAGGUAUCGAACCUUUCAAAUGAACUUGUUCUAUUCCUUCGACAUUUGACCAGUUAAACUUGGGACGGUGCUAAGUUUAGUAUAACUUGAGUACUACUUGUUUGGAUGGUAUUCUC